GACAACAUUGGAUGAUAAUAUAUUACAAAUAAUAAUCUAAAUAUUAAUUGAAAUAAACAUAAAACUUUUCUAUUUGAUAAAAGUUUCAAUAGUAGAUUCAUUAGUGCUUCGUUAAAGAUCAAAUUAUUUUUUUACUUCAAGUUAAUUUUGCUGAGUUGGCUUGUGCGUCGCGCCGUCAGUCUGCCGUAACGUGGCGGCGCUGCGCUCGUGUGUGUGCUGCAGGAGUGGCUCAGUGGCUUGAACUGUCAUUGUUCAUGUAGUUUUCUGUGAUAAGAAUUACUGUGAAAUUAUAGUUUAGCGAACUAAUUUACACAAUCACGAUGUCCGCCUCGGGUGAAUUCGGUAAUCCUUUACGCAAGUUUAAGCUGGUUUUCCUGGGGGAACAGAGCGUGGGGAAGACGUCGCUCAUCACUAGGUUCAUGUAUGAUAGCUUUGACAACACUUAUCAGGCAACUAUCGGAAUUGACUUCCUCUCGAAGACUAUGUACUUGGAGGACCGUACGGUCCGGCUUCAGCUCUGGGACACCGCUGGACAGGAGCGGUUCCGAUCUCUCAUACCUUCCUACAUCAGGGACUCCACUGUCGCCGUUGUCGUUUACGAUAUUACCAAUGCAAACUCAUUCCACCAGACGUCUAAAUGGAUCGACGACGUGCGCACGGAGCGUGGGUCUGAUGUGAUCAUCAUGCUGGUUGGUAACAAGACUGACUUGUCGGACAAGCGGCAGGUAUCCACCGAGGACGGGGACAGGAAGGCCAAGGAGCUCAACGUUAUGUUCAUAGAGACCAGCGCUAAAGCAGGAUACAAUGUUAAACAGUUGUUCCGGCGGGUGGCGGCCGCGCUGCCUGGCAUGGACUCUGCGGAGAACAAGCCUCCGGAAGACAUGCACGAGGUGAUUCUGAGGCAAGCGCCCGGAGACAACAAGGAGCCAGACAGCGGGUGCGCGUGCUAGUGCCUCGCGCCGCCACGCUCGCGCCCCAACGACACGCAUGCGCCCUAUAUACGCACUUGAACAUAACUUCUACUCAUACUGAAAUACUUGCAAUCAAUUCAAGAAUCAAAACGGCCUGAUUCUGUACCACUAAAAGUUAAAUCAAUUUUUAUAUUUCUAUUUGGGUGCAUUAGGGCGUAGUGUAGAGGUCGCUAGGGCUAGCGACGGAGCGUUUGUACCGAUCUGAUACGUGCUAGCGUGCUUUUGUGUGUUUGUCUACAGUGAUAUUAGAUGUUAAUGUACAUUCAACUAGUUUUCAAAUUAUAAACGAUUAAGGCAUAAUAUUACAUGUGACUGCAAACUGUUUUGUAUAGGCCUUCGUUCAUAGAGUAUCCUUAAUCUUGCAAGGCCAUAUUGUGUGAGGGACGGGUUGCGUCGACCCCGGUUACGAUAGUGACAGUUUAUUAAUUAUUUAGCAAUUGCAGCAAAGCUUCUUGUGCAUUGACGCUCGUUAGUGCCAUAUUUAACGUGUACGUUCCUGUAAAAGUUAGGGGUGCAACCCGCUCUGUGUAAGAAUUGCUACUAUUAAUUGAACGCUGCCCCACAAGUGAAGCUAAGGUCUCGUCACCUCGGCACAAUGUGGGUCAGCGUUGGUUUAUGAAUCAAAGGUCUAUGUAAAACAGCGACGUGCUACUUUGACAACGCAUUUACACAAAAGCACUAUGUAUUAGCCGCACUAGGAACAUGAGUACUUAUGUGGGAAUUUAUUUAAUCACGCUCUGCGAUCCGAGAAGUAGCGAGGCGUUAACAUCAACCUGCGACUGUCAUUGGAUUGCAAUGUUGGUGCGAUAAGAAACUUUCGUUAUCAUUGCCUUACUCAAGCAAUAACAAUGAUUAUUAUAAAGUAUACGUAGGCACAGAAUGAAAUUCCCAUAUUAUUUUAUCCCCUUGAUAACAUGAUUAUAUAAAUAUAUUCUAAGCAAGUUUUAUAUUUAAGUUCGUAUGAGACUGAGACUGCAUGCACGCCUUUACGUCACUAUAACGCUUAUGAUAGUUUGGGUAGCAAGCAGGACUUCUUAUGCGAUACUGAACUGACAAGAAUAAUGUUACUAAGAGAGAAUUAAAGUGUUUAUUGCGAUAUAUCGGGCGGUUGUUGUCGUAGCGCUAAUAGACCAAAUGUCACAUUAAGUUAAUAAAUCUGAUAAUAUGAAUUAAAAUUGUCUUAUCUCCAAGAUGUUCAAUUUAAUACAUUUCGAUAAUAAAAUGAAAUCUAUAGUUGUAUCCACUAAUUUUAAAUUGGCUAGCUAUUUGAGAAGGUCAUUAGACCGUGACCAAUAUGGGCUAUCUUAUGGUCAUGUAUUUUACCACCCGGUAAAUAUAUUUGCAAUUUUACAUUUUAGCAGCAAUCUUUGAAUGAGGAUUAACAUUAAUAAAUUUAUCAUGGCAUUAAUCCACCAAUCAUCACCAAACGUAAGCUGGUCCAAAAAUCCUCUUUUCUGAAAAUUUGGAACAUUACACUCUGUUCACUGUCAACUAUCGGAACGCAAAUCUAGAGAAACAAUGUUUUUUCUAUUGCGUCUUAUUCAUCGACAGACAAGAGGUUAACAAUAAUAAACUGUACCAAUUAGAAAAUAAGUUACAAGUUAUAUUGCUUGGUGACACGACUAUUAGUGUUACGAUAGCGCUUCUAUUUAAUUUAUUAAUGUAGGAGCUACUCUAUAUUUUGUACAUAGCAUGGGACUGCGAGACUCUCCUUUCUUUCCCCUUACAAACAUCACCGUUCGAUAAUGUCUAUACAUUUAACAUUAAAGACUUAUAUGGGUCCAUAAAUAAAUAAAUAGAAUAAAAAACUAAGGUGUUUUGUGUUACGUAACCCAUUUGUUCCAUAAAGAUUCUGGCCGCCAUACUACCUCAUUGGCCGAGUGGUCGCAAGUGCUGCCAGGCAAGGGGUCUCGGGUUCGUUUCCCGGGUCGGGCAAAGUA